UGUGGGUCCUGGGCCCUCACUCACAAUUGGAGGAAGGGAUUCAGGAAGUACUCACAGCUGCUCAGACAUCUCGGAGCCAAUUUCCAAGCAGGACCAACUCUGUAGCAUCCAGGGAGCUGCGUCACUGCCCUGGGGGGCGACCACCAGGAGAGGAGGCCACAGCACAGGUACAGCCAGGGCUGGCCCUCUGGGAGCACAGGGCACCACCAGAAGGCCCCAGCUGGCCUGGCUCCCUUUAAGUGAUGUCUUCUGCCCCUCCUCCCCACCUGGCUCCAUGUCCAGGGAGUCUUGUGCCCACAUCUCCUGGGAGUGCAUGUCUUCUAGAAGCUGCCAGCAGAGUUGACCACAGACAGCUCUUGAAAGCCAGGCCGGAGGCAUAGAAAAUAGAGAUCAUUGGAGACCCCAGCAGCAUCUGGUGACACAACCCAGAGCCUCAGACCAGUAUCUUAGAAGACACGUGAGGAGCAGCCAGCUGAGCACAGAGUACCUCUGACCACCAAGAGCCCCCCGCCUGUGUUGGAUGGGGAGCUGGGGCUCGGAGACCACGCAUGUUGCUCAGCGUGUCAGCUGCCAGUGCAGGCCAUGGAGUCAGCAGUGAUUGGGGUGGUGGCGGUACUGUUUGUGUUCACAGUGGCCAUCACUUGUAUCCUCUGCUGCUUCAGCUAUGACUCAAAGACUCAGGAUCCUCAGGGAGGCCCUGGCCACAGCUUCACAGUGGCCACAUUUCGCCAGGAGGCUUCUCUCUUCUCAGGUCCCCAAGCCCAGUCAAUGCCGAGUACCCGGAACUUCUGGACCGUCAUUUGAGGCCUUACAGUCUCUCAGGAUUUGCUCUGCUAGUGGGUCAGACCCACUUGCCCCCUCAACAAGUCUUCCCUGAUGUUCCUGCAUCCUGUCCUUCCCCUACUGAAUCCCACCAACUUUCCAUCUCCUUCAAUUUUGGGCUGCUACGCCUUGUUGGGAGCCAGUGGGAGUCAACUCAGAGCCCUGAGGGCUCAGCUGAGCCCUACCCUCAGGAUGGGGACCCAGAAGCCAUCUCAGGAGGCAUGAGCAGACACCAUGUGUGGUGGGCCAGCUCUGCUAAUGUACAAUGGCUGGAAAAUAUCACAACAAGGUGCCUGUAAAACUAGUGCUAUUGCCACCAGAGGAAGCAUCCCCAAGUGGACGUUUUGAGAAACCAAUUCUUUUGUGUUCUGCUGUGGAGUAUUUUUGCAUACUGUGGCCAGAUGCCUGAAAUUAGCUCCUAAAUCAAAGAGCUACUUCCUGGAACAAGUGAUUUAUUUUAUAAUGAGAAUACAUAUCCUUUUACGGGUCUUUCCAAAUCUGGUUUGGAAAACCACAGAAGAGAAAAUAAGAGUCACAGAAAGUACAAGAUGUUUUAUUAACAGGAAAGCCAGAAAGAUGGCUUUCAAACACAUUCUGAACCAGACUUUACUGCUAUAUUCUAACAGGUCACUUCUAUUCUUAGAGAAUGUGAGUGACUUGCUGUCACUUAGGAAUGUAGGAAAAUCAUGAACUGAAAGAUAAUUCCAAAAAAGUUAAAAUGUUAUGUUACAUUCAGGGCAUGUAACAAAGCUCCUGUUUUCAUCACAAAUGGAUAUUCAGUUUUUGUUAACAGAAAAUCUGUUCUUCUGCCCACAGAAUAAAUGCUGUGCCACAGUUAAAAAGUCAA